AACAAAUGUGACAUAAGCGAGUGCCGGGGGCAAAUAAACAGAAACACAUUUUCGCGACCAUAUUCUUCCCAAAACCGCUAAAAAUGUCUCUCAAUAUACGUAGAAUCAGAUAUCCAGCAUUGCAGUUACACCAUGUGAUAAAGAAGCACUAUUCCGUCGCUUCGAAAAGCACUGCCAAGGCGAGCGAACUGUUCACCGACGAACAGCGCAGACAGCGGGAAAAUGUGGGCCGUAUCGAAAAGAUUGAGGUCCGAUAUCUUGGCCUACCGAACGACACGACGCUGGUGAUGAACCGGGAACUCUCCACACCGUACGAUUGUGCGAGGCACAUUGGUGAAAAGUACUGUAGGCAGUCGGCGUUGGCAUUGCUGGACAACAAAACGCCGUGGGAUAUGCGUCGACCAUUGCGCGAUUCGUGCACGCUGCAGCUGCUGAACUUCACCUCGCCCGAACCACACAUCGCGAACAAGGCGUUCUGGCGCUCCUGUUCCUUUCUGCUCGGGGCCGUGCUGCAGGCGAGCUUCAAGCCGGAAGCUGGCCUGUUCCUACACAGCUUCCCGAAACCGAACAUUAAAUCUGGCAGCUUCGUGCACGAUAUCGUACUGGCGGAAGAGCACUGGAAUCCGACCGUCCCCGAGCUGCGUGCGCUAUCGAUCGAAAUGAUCAAACUGUCGCAGCAAGAUCUCCCGAUCGAGCGGCUGGAUGUGAGCAGUGAGCUGGCGCUAGAAAUGUUCCACGACAAUCCGUUCAAGCGGGAACAGAUCCCGAGCGUGGCGGCCCAGAACAAUGGCCAGGUUACGGUGUACCGGGUGGGUGAGCAUGUCGACAUCAGCAAGGGACCGAUGAUGGGCUCGACCGGACUGCUCGGCCGGUGUACGAUCUCGGCGUCGCACCCGAUCAAGGAGGGCAGCGAAAGGGGGAAGCACUUCUACCGGAUGCAGGGCGUUGCGCUGCCGGCCGUUUUACGCAUCGGCCACUUUGCAUACAACAUACUGGAGAACCGUUCGCGGAAGCUGAACUCGGCCAAGUUACCAAAUGAACCAUUUGAGGAUACGGUUGCAGAACAAGUAGCAUAAAGCGAGUAAUAAAUUAGAAGGAUCAGUGAAUAAUAAAACCAAAAAAACACUUUCAAUACGAA